AUGGGAUCUCAAGACCCCUUUCGGGACAGAAAACUAGAACUACCAAAGUAUGAGGUACCAGGUAAGGAAACUAUCCAAGAACACUUCACUGAAAAACAAAGCUCUUCCUGGGAUUCACCAGUGGUGAUUGCUCUGUAUGUGUACCUACGCACAAAAAUCUUAACUGUCAUUCCUUCAUCUCAGAACCCUGGGAAUGGCAGUGCUCUGAGGAAGGCUGUGGAUCUUUAAUGGAAUUCCCACCACUGUCACUAAACUACUAUUGCCAGGAUUCUUGCAAGGAAACCAUGAUUGAAGAUGGUAGAAAACUGAUACAGAGGAGUUGCAUAGAUAAGCUCUUUGUGUGCUGUUCACACACAUCACCCCUACUGUACAGGAGGUUCCUGGUUUUGUCUAUUCAAUCCCCUUCUGAAAUUGAAGGGUUGAUGGCCAUCCCACAGUCUUUCAAAGGAGAGAAUCAUGCACUGGUCCACAUAAGAGAGAAUGGUUUAAGCCUUUCUCCCUCAGUGUGCUAGUUUUAUGCCUAGAGAUUGUUUGUAUAUUACUGAGAUAUUUUUCAUCCAUGCUGUCUUCCAGCUGCAAUCUGAAGUGGUACAUCUGGGAUCUAGAUUGGACUUAAUUCCCUGGACACGAGGAAAUUAUCCUGUCUCCAACAUGACCAUUUUUGGCCCUAAUUUCAUUACUUCUUUACUUGACUGAGGCCCCAUUUGCUCAACACAUUUCAAGCAGCAUCACACCUCUUUAAACAGUCAUGGCUUCGCCCAAAUAAUUUUGGGAACUCUAUUCCCCUAAUCCUCUUGUUCCAUUUGCUUUCCAUUUUGCUAUAUUGCAGAAUUGCAUUAGUUUUCUUUCUUCUUCUGUCCAUCUUCAGUGGGAACACCAACCCCUAAACUGGAACUUUUCUACCCAAAGCUGCCACCCAUAGGACCUAGUGGAUAUGAUGGCACAGUACACAGGGGAAGCUGCAGGAAGUAUCGAGAGGCUAUCAAAAAGAUGAAGCUCAAAAAAUGUAGGUAAAUAAUUAUCAGAGGCAGGGUUUAAAUGGUGGUUUCAGCAAAAGCACAAGGAGCCUUUAGGAUUCUGUAGAGGGACAUCCAUACUCAUGAGUCAGAGCACUGGGACCAGGACUAGGAGCAAUGACCUCUGGGUUGGCAGGAGCUGUGUGUGUGUGUGUGUGUGUGUGUGUGUGUGUGUGCGCAUGCAUGCAAAUCUAAGAGAGUUCUGGAGGCAGGUUUGGAGGAAGGAGGAGGAUUGAAGGCCCCUUGGUUCUUUGAAGAGGAUGUCCUUGCAGGAUUUCCUGUACAUAUCUGGUUGGCCAGUCUGAGGACAGGAUGCUGGACUAGCUGGUCCUUUGGCCUGAUCCAGCAGAGCUCUGUUUAUUCCUACGAUGUUGGGCUCCAGGCAGGUGCGCCACCUUCAUACUCACUGCACCAGCAUGACAGCUGGCCCUUCCAGACAGCAGGGAAAGACAGGGAGGAAACCUUUGGCCAUGUAAAAAGGAAGUUUGUUGUCACUAAUUUUUAGUGAACAUGCAAACCAAGUUGCAAUACUGUGUAUACAACCAGGUGGAAAUGUGAUGUUCAAGAGUGCUCCUGAGGAAGAACAGUAAUUUGAAAUGUGUUGGGUUUAAUAAUCAAAAGCAAUUUUUCUUGUGUACCUGGGGUUUUGAUCUCUUUCUCUGAUUUCUUUCCUCCUCCUCCUCCUCCUCCUCCUCCUGGACAGCAGGCUAGUACCUCUAGGCAACUGAUAAUGAGGAACCAGUCACCUCCCACUGCCUCCUAAAAGGCUCACGACAUCUUGGGAAGCCACUUGUCUCCUAAGUGCCUGUGUCAGCUGUCAUUGGAGCUUGGCUUUCCAGCUUCUCUUGCCUGCUUCUUUGUGAGCACAUUUUGUGCUGACCUAGCGAUGGGGAAGCUGUGGCCCUCCAGAUGUUAUUGGACUUAUAACUCCAAUCAUUCCUAGCCAGCAAGACCAAUAGUUGAGGAUGUAAUUCAAAGUCCAACAACAUCUAGACCUGCAGUGCUGAAAUCAGGGCACCAAUCAGGUUCAGGAGCAUUAAGGACACAGUAGUUAUUGGUUCUCUGCGGAAGGGGAGGAAAAGACAAGGAGGAAAUAUGAUAAUUCUAGAAGGGAAGGGGCCAUAGGUCAAAAAUGGCAGAUCCCAUCUUUGUUUAGGGCUGGUGCAUGACCGUUGAGCUUCUGAACUCAUUAUGUACAGCGGUAAUUUAAACCCACAGAUUAUUAGCUAUCUUCUCAAGCCUCCAUUGUUGCUCCAGCUCCUGCUCAAGUCAGUGGAUUUUUAGCAAGUGUUGACGACCAGCCCAAAGCCAAGAUCCUUCUCUCCCACACCUCCAGACAGCUUUUGGUUUCUCCUGUCUAACAGCCCAAGCUCUCCAUCUCUUUUUCUAGACCCAAAUGAAGAGUACAGGGAACCAAUGACCUGCGGACAAGAGAUUGGCUGGUGGCUGCCUAAGAAUCGGUCAGUCAAGCCAGAAGAUGCCAUCCCUUGGAUAAGGGUGCAAAGGCAUCCCCAGCUACGGAGCUCUAUGACCAAGUGAGCAUACGACGGGAAGCAGGGAAUCAGCCCAACCACCACUUCACCCAGCCAGGGAUGGAGGAUCUAACUCUCAUCUUUUAAUUGUUGUGUGUACAGCAGACAUCAUGGCCAAAUCCACCCCAUACAAAUUACAUUUUAUCACAUAGCUUCACCCAAAGAAUCCACAGAACUAUAAUUAUCAGCACCUUAACAAACUACAGUUCCCAGGGUUCUUUGGAGAAAGAUGUACUUUAAAUGCAUGGUCUGGAUGUGCACUGAGGGGGUUGCAUGAUUCCUGCCACCUUCAAAAAGCAGUCGCCCAACAUCUCCUUUUACUCGCAAAAGACAAUUCCAUUGCAGUUGGGAAUUUCCCCAGCACCAUUUCAUUGACUGCUGCUUGUGGAGGGCUUGUGUGUGUGUUUGGGGGUGGGGUGUAAUUCUGAAUGCCAUGACACAACAGCUUGCACCUCCUCCCAUUAGGUUUCAUUGGGCAGAUGUAGAGAGGAGAUUCUGGGUGGCUGCUUUAACUGGAUCCAAGCACCCUUUGUAUUGUCUAAGAGAUCCAUGCUCUUGCUUGCCUGGAGGGCAGAUAGAGGAAUGGCUGCGGGUGUGUGGAAACCUUUGAUCUGGAAUAUAGGCUACUGUACAAAGGUUAAGAGUCAUCUGUGUUGCUGUGCCAGCUUUGCCUCUUACCCACUCAUUUGGCCCACUGCCCCCCCCCAUAAGGCAAUGUGGCCCUUGGCUGGAAAAAGGUCCCCCACCCCUGUGCCAAGAUGCGCUUCUCAAACACUGAACCUUUCUCCCCAAGGAACUUCUGUUUGCUCCCCACAGAGCUAGUUUCCAGUACCCUUAACAAAAUACAGUUCCUAGGAUUCCUCUGUGUGUGCUUUGAAGACCUUCCUCUUUCAACAAGCCUUUUAAAGUUGAGGUCUUUCCCUGUCUGCACCUAUUUCGAAAUGGCUUUAAAGAUGUUUUUUUUUAUAGCUUUGUCAAUUGUUUGCCACCCUGGGCUCCUUUGGGAGGAAUGGUAGGGAUAUAAAUUUAACAAUAGAUAAAUAAGGUCCUGGCAGCUGAAACAGUACCCCACGAGACAAUGGAACAGCAAUGAAAUUUGUUUUCUUUGUUUAUUGUAGAUUUGUUGACAGCAUGAUAGCAAGCGACCGCCUCUUCAGCAUGUUUUGA